AUGGACCCCACAGGAAACAGGCGGCUGUCCGAUCAACCUGAUGCGCCAGCACAACAAAGUGAUGGGGAGGAACCGGUUCAAGAACGUAUAGAAGAGCAACAUACUGGGGAUACAAACCAAAUUGCACAUCCAGAGCAGACUGAACAACACGAAGAGCCACAGGAGACUCAAGAAUCUGAAGAGGCUGUACAACACGAAGAGCCGCAGGAGACUCAGGAGACUGAAGAGGCUGUACAACACGAAGAGCCGCAGGAGACUCAAGAAUCUGAAGAGGCCGUACAACACGAAGAGCCGCAGGAGACUCAAGAGUCUGAAGAGGCUGUACACCACGAAGAGCAGAAUGCUUUUAAGGAUGAGGACACAGAACUCUCCCAACAGAGGGAAGGCCACCAAGUUCUUAAUGUUGAAGCAGAGGUGAAUCAAAAAGAGGGCCCUCGUGACGAAGUAGAGGAACUACCAGAACAAACUGUUGCUGUUCCAACCAACUAUGAAGAAGAAGUAUUGCUACCAAAACAACCUUCCCGUAGUGCACAGGCAGAAGUUGGUGAAGAUGGUCUUUCAUCACCCUCUGCGUUGCCUACUACUGAUGCCGGUGUUACUCUCCCUAGUACUCCUGCUCCUACUGCUGCAGCUGAUCACAAUGUAUCUACUUCUGUUCCUCAACAAGCUCCUAAUGAGUAUAUUAUGCAUCCUGAAGUUGAUGUUGCUGUCGACGCCACAGUGCAUCCAAUGGGGUUUCGUAUAGUAGUUAAAGCACCAGGAAGUCCAGGUGGGGUGGUUGCUACUAGAUUUCUAUUUGAGUCCGUUUCUUCUCGUCUUGGAACACAUCCAGAGGUGAUAAAACUCCUUCACAAUGGUGAACGUAUUCGUUUUGGUGAAACUGUGACUUAUGAGCAGGAGACAGCUCCCGGAAAAGGGCGAUUGUGGAUUGAUGUAUAUUUUAUUGAUGACAAAGUGCCACUUCACCUCCAGUCGCUGAGCGAAGAUGAUAACCUUCUCCGUUGCGUUCGUGUUCGCUCAAGACUGGAAUCUGUGCGACCUGCCGAUCUCGUAGCUGCUCGUCGACGUGGUUUGACUCUUGAUGAUGCCUUACGAGAACUUCGAAAUACCACCAAGAGCGAAAAUAUAAUUACUUUGGCAAUUCUACAAGAUUCAAAAGAUAUUCGACCGCCUUUUUUAGGUGGAUAUCGAUCUAAAAAAGAUCAUUCCCACGUUUUCCUUCAUGCGGCAACACAACUGACAUCACCUGGUGACACGAGUCUCGCAAAAUUGUUAUAUGGUCCCCUCCCACGAGAUGGUGUUUCAAAAAAGACGCAAACUUAUGGGGUUUCGCGAAGUUGUCAGACGUUGCGGGAGUGCACGACGCAGACAGCGCGGCCAGACUAUGAGGUGGAUGAAAGGUAUGAUGAAGUUGUCAUUGCCAAACCUUAUUUUUCAGCAGUACAGCUUUUAGAUUUACAGUCAGAAAAAGCUGUCGUUAUACAAAAAAUGUAUAGAAAAUGGAAGGCACGUAAGAUUUAUCGGGAGCUCUAUGCAGCGCGUCAAGCCUUCCUUGAUGGAGCCGCUGCACAAGCUGCCGCAGAAGAGGCAGAAAAGCAACGUCGUGAGGAGUUUGAACGUAGAAGACGUGCAACACCUCACACAGCUGAUGACUUUGCUACACUUCGUCGAGAGUUGGAGGCAUGGCGAGCAGCUGAAGCUUCACGCAUUCUUUCUGAUAAGAAGCUUAGCGAAAUGGAAAAGCGAUCUGCUCUUGCUGAUCUCACAAAGAAGGAGCUGCAGCUUCUUCAGGAACUUGAAACUCUACGUAGAGGAGCAAUUAAGAACCGUCGUGCACGUAGGUUCGAAGAUAUACUAGCUUUGAUGACAUCAGCUAAGCAGUGUGGCAAAGUUAUGGUUACUACACAGGCAGCAGAACGUGCACGAGAAUUACGGCAAUUGUAUUUGGCUUUAACUGAAACUCCUUCUUCUGUUGAAGCACGCCUUGAUGUGCUUUUGCAUGUAAAGUGGACGGUAAAGGAGUUUGAUGUACCUCUAACACGAGAAAUUGUAGAACUUGUGGAUCGCGAGUCUGAUUUACUUCAACGCGGUCGUACAGCAUCUUCUCUUAAAGGGUUGCGUACUCGUCUAGAAAAUUUGUUUAAACGCUUUAUUGCUACUCCUGAGUACAAUCCUGCUGUCGAUGAGGUUGUGAAAGGGCCUAUAUUUGGUGUGGUUUCUAAUGGUGAAGCUGCAUCGACUACUGCAGCAUCACGCCGUUUAAAACCCUCAAAUGUCUCGUGA